AUGAGAUCAGAUCGCACGCUGCUAGCCUCCCUGGCGGCCUCUCUGUGGGCCUCCCAGGUCUCUGCCUACGGCAACUUCCUCAAGGUCCAGCCGAGGUAUUGGAACUCGUCCAUUGAGGCCGCCGCCCCAAGCUCCUCAUCGUCCUGCUCCACCGACUCCACUAUCACCCAGACAAAGGUGAUUACGCUAAGCAGCGGAGCAUCCUCGGACCAGUUUUGGGACGCGACCCUUACGCCGACGGUCACUGACACAAACAGCAUCGGCGUCACUGAAAACGACUACAUCACCAUUACAACCACCUACACCGACUGCAACUACCUCGGCCAGUGCUCCACGGUGACGGCAACAGAGCUUGUGAGCUCCUACACCACCACCAUCUCGGGACACGUGACCGUGGUCACGGGGUACGAAACCCUGUCGGGCUCGUUGACGGCGGCGCCCGUCACCAGCACGACCGCUGACGACCCACGCACUGUUCUGACGCGCACCUCUUGUUCCGCGGGCCGGUGUUCGACAUGGACCACCGAGGAAAUCGUGUCCAGCUACACCACCACCAUCUCGGGCCACGAGACUGUCGUGACCGAGCUGUACCCACUUUCUGGCUCAUCGUCGGCACCGCUGACCACGCCGGUGGCCACAGCAGCAGCCACGCCAGCUGCCACGCCAGCCGUCACGACAGUGGCCGUUGUCUCGUGCUCGGCCGGAAAAUGUUCGACGUGGACGACGGAAGAAAUCUUGUCGUCGUACACGACCACGAUCUCAGGCCACGAGACGGUGGUGACGACGCUGAUUCCGCUCUCGGGCACUUCUGGCUCGGGCAAUGCCGGUCCUCACACUGUCACCGGUACGAAGACGUCGUGCUCGGCAGGAAAGUGCUCGACAUGGACGACAGAGGAAAUUGUCUCGAGUUACACCACGACCAUCUCUGGGCACGUGACUGUGAUAACAACGACCUGUCCACUGUCCGCGGCUGCUACGCCGACGACUGCUGCGACCGUCACUGAGACCGUUACAUCGUGCUCCGCAGGCAAGUGUUCCACGUGGACCACCAAAGAUAUUGUCUCGUCGUACACCACUACCAUUUCAGGCCACGUGACCGUCGUGACGACGCACUGUCCGGUCUCGUCGGAGGCGGUCGUGAGCUCCAAGGGCGGUGCCGCGGCAUUCCAGCUGACGUCGUACACGACGACGAUCGACAACACGGCCACUGUCGUGACGACGAUUUGUCCGCUGAGCUCGGCAACCUCUAGUGCCAAAGCUUCCAGGACCAAAACUUCCAGCACCGCCUCCAGCACGUCCAGCACCGCCUCAUCCAGCGCCUCCGCCAGCGUGACUACCGUCACCACUGUCGUCAGCGGCGUCACCACGGUGUUGACCACGUACUGUCCCGAGAGCAGUGCGAGCGCCUCGAGCAAAGUUUCUGCCCUAAGCAGCACGACUGUCCUGAGCAGCUCCUCAAGCAGCUCUUCGAGCACAGCCACAAGCUCUACAGUGACCAGCUCCGUGCCAGAGUCGACCGUCGACCUCGCCGAGCCAUCGACGGUUUCUGUGCCUGUCGAGACAGUGCCGACCGUGUCGACUGUCGUUUACACGUCGACCAUCUCGAGCGUCCCGGUCGAGCUCACUACCUACUCGACGGUCACCAAGAGCACCCUGCUCACAUCAAGCACGGCCAGCUCGGUCAGCUCGGCCGGCUCCAGCUCAGCACCGGCAGCCUCCAUAUUCGAGGGCGCCGCCGGCAAAAUCAACAUUGGGGUCGGCCUGAUUUCAAUGGUUUACGGACUGAUUUGUGUACUAUAG